GUUCAUGAGCGCUGUUCAGAGCUGAGACAACAAACUGAGUUUCUUUAGCAGGGAAGAAAAAAAAAAUAAAGGCUCGUGUGAACCUGUUUAGGCGUGCUUUGACAGUUUACCCUCCCAGGAACUUUGGCCUUUCUGAGAAGGAUCUAGUCCCUCUGGAAGAGGUGUAGCUCUACCUGACACCUCUGUGUGCCUGGACAAGCACAACUCUGGAUGAAAAGCGAGCUAAGGGAAAUGGGUCCGUUCGCAGCGCUGCUGUGGAUCUCACAUUACACGGGACUUUUUCUUCAGCUGAACGCGAGUGGGGAUGUGGAGGUGGACAGCCGUGUGUCUGGUCACGCUCUUUUCACAGAAGUUCCUCAUGACAUCAUCAGUCAGACUGGUCAGGAUGUGGAAAUGGCAUGCUCCUUCAGAGGCGCAGGCUCUUCAUCAGUCUCGUUGGAGAUCCAGUGGUGGUAUCUGCGGUAUCGUAAGGAAUGGUCUGAGAAACCUGCCUGGACAGCCAAUCAGGUUGUUCCCAUUGAGGAAUUGACAAGAGAUGCUACUAAAAUAAGUGUGGUAAAAGUGGCUGGCAGCAACAUCUCUCAUCGUCUUCGCCUGUCAAACGUUAAACCUUCAGACGAAGGCAUAUAUGAGUGUAGAGUGAUCGACUUCAGCAACAACCGCAUACAGCACCACAGAGUGCGAGCUUACUUGCAGGUACAGCCGCCAGGCCCUGACUCACAGCUCCACCAGGAGGAAAAUCUGCACAGCGAAGAGAAGAAUCUUCACCAUGGAAAAGUUCAUUUGCACAAGGGAGACAGUCAGGUCAGAAUGAGAGAUAAGAACAAUAACCGAGACCAAGAGCUGCAUCAUGGAGACUAUAUGCUUCAUCAGAUUGAUCAUCACAAGAGUCAUCAUGGGCUUCAGGCAAAUGAAGGAGGGGAGAAGGACUCACCUUCUGCUCUACAUCAUGGAGAUCAUAGCCGAAGGGAGCGUCAGCAUCUCCAUGAAGGGAAAAACCAUCAGGUGAUCAAACACACACAGGCAAGCAAGAAAAGGGAAACAAAAAGUCACCUGUCAGAUAUGAAAGGGCAUAAAGAAUAUGCUACAGAGUUACAUUCCACAGACUGUCCAACCAAUGACUGUGUGCUGUAGAGCAGUGCAGAGAAAAACAAGCAUACAAAAGGAGAACAUGAAUUAAAGACUUUUCCAAGUGUUGUGAGAAGACAGAACAAGGAAGUAGAAGAGGAUGAAGGGAAAGUCAGUGAAAGGUGUGCAUGUAAAAGUAUCGUCAUGUGAACGUUCAUUAAUUUCAAAGAGAAAUGUUUGUUAGUUUAUUUUGUACCAAAAGUGUGAAAACAACAUUAAAUGAUCUACAAGAAAAACUUUAACUGUCAAAAUCUGAACAAAAGAUCCUGCAAAUACAAACAAUAAGAAUACAAUAAGACUAAAUGACUAAAACAAGAUUAAAUUACAGUUAAUGCUUCUGGAAAUUUUAUUUUAUUUUUACUUUAAGAGCAUUUUUCCCAGAUGGGUCAUAGAAGAAGGAAAAAGAUUCAAGUACCUCUUGGCCAACUGGAAUUUACCAGAGUGAUCUGGCAAAAUAUUUAAAAAGAGCCUAUUGAUCAUUAAUAGUUGAUAUCAGUUACAUCUGUAGUAGCCUAUAUAGAAAUGACGUACUGUAUAAGGGCAAAAUACCUGUAGCUAAUUGUAUGAUAUUAUAUGAUAUUAUCCUGUUUAGCUGCUUUGUACCACAAUUUUAUUCACUAUAUUCCAUUAUACGACAGCGCUAUUGAGUUCUUUAAUCUGAUUGGUCAGAAGGUGUUCAGGAACAACACACAACAUAUUGUGCUAUUAUGUGAAAAUAAUACACACUGGGGUGAUGUGAUACAACCCAAGUGGAUUAUUUUCAUAUAAAAGCACAGAGUGCAUUAUUCCACUUAUACCACAGCAAUUUGUCAACAAUUACUAAUUUUUAUCCCCCACUGGCCAAAAGGCCCAAAGGGACAUUAUGUCAUGGUGAUUUCUUUCCUUCCUUCCGUCCGUCUGUCCGCCCGCCCAUCCGUCCCAGGAAGGGUGCUCACCUUCUGAAAUCAACUCCUCUCACAAUUUUUGGAGGAAUUUCACAAAACUUGGCAGGAUUCUUUGUUCUAUGUCGGUAAUACGCAUAUUGUAAUUUUGUUAAAUUGAGUCAAUAAUUUGACAAUUUCAUGAGUGUGUGUUUUCCUUCUGAAAUCAACUCCUUUCACAAUUUGUGGAGGAAUUUCGCCAAACUUGCCAAAAGGCAUUGUUUUAUGUCGGUAGUACGCAUAUUGUUAUUUUAUUCAAUUCGGACGCAUUUUACCAGAGUUGUGGCCUUUGAUUAACAACCUUGUACUUUCAACCUUGUACUUUCACAGUUUCAUGAAGGUGUGCUUGCCUUCUGACAUCCACUCCUCUCACAAUUUUUGGACGAAUUUCUUGAAGCUUGGCCAAAGGCCUUGUUAUAUGACAGUAAUACGCAUAUUGCAAUUUCAUUUCGUUUGUGAAAAUUUUACCAGAGUUUUGACCCUUGACUAACUUGUACUUUGACAAUUUCAUGAGGGUGUACAUUCUUCUGAAAUCAACUCUUCUCACAGUUUGUGGAGAAUUUUCACCAAACUUGGCAAAAGGCUUUGUUAUCUGACAGUUAUACACGUAUUGAAAUUUCGUUUAAUUUGGGCCAAUUUUACCAGAGUUAUGCCCUUGAUUAUUAACAAAUUUGUACAUUGGCAAUUUCAUCAAGGUGUGCUUGCUUUCUGAAAUCAACUUCCCUCACAAUUUUUAUUAUCCCCUGCUGGCUGAAAGGCCCGAAGAGGGAUUAUGUUGUGGCAAUGUCCAUCCGUCCAUCCAUCCCAGGAAGGGUACUCACCUUCUAAAAUCAACUCCCCUCACAAUUUUUGGAGGAAUUUCACGAAAUUUGGCAGGAUUGUUUGUUAUAUGUCGAUAAUACACCAUAUUGCAAUUUUGUUCAAUUCAGGUGCAUUUUACCAGAGUUAUGGCAUAGUUGCCAGCGGGGGAUAUUGUGCUCUCGGAGCACUCUUGUUUUUAAUGAAUUUAAUUUAUUAAUGAACAGUGUAAUUUAUUAAUGAACAAUACUUGUUCACUUGUAAAGGUUUAUUGUUAGAUUAAUAUUGUGGAACAUCCAUGAGACAAGAGAGUUCCUAAACCAAUUGUUCAUGUUAGAGCUGGAAUUACUGUGCUGUGCAGUUGUACAUAAAUAAUGCAUGCCUUCUGACCAAUCAGAUUCGAGAAUUCAGCUGUGCUGUGGUAUCAGUUUCUACAACAGCAGGGCUCUGACAGUUGUCUCAUCUUCCACAACAUUAAAUUCAACUAUGAACAGUUAAAGAACAUUUACGUGUCAUUCAUUCAUGCAUUAAAAAUUGUAAUUGAAUUUAAAA